AAAUGAUAUUCUUGGUUUCUUGCAAUGUGCUUACCCAUUCUUCAACAUUACUUGGGGAGAAAGUACCAUCCUUUUUCCUGAAAUCUCUCCAAAGCUAUCAUGCUCUCGUCUCUCUCUCUUCUUUCACUCCUCAAUGAUCAGUCUGCAGAGAGUCGAAAAGCUUCAUAUUUUCACCCUCGUUUCUCGUCUGUGCAUUGGAAGCAGCCCCACAUCAUCAAAAUCCAGUCUUUAUGCAAAUGGACAUCGCCCCAUUUCGCAAUUCCCUCGGUUUUCCACAUUCCAAGUCGAUUUUCACGAAAAGCGACAUCUUCAAGUGAGGAGAGAAGCUCAGGCUGCUUUGCUAGACUACUUCUACGAAACUAGGAAUCUCCCCUUUUUGGACGCCGAGAAUUUGAGCAGAAAUUCCCCCAAUUUUCUCAAUAGGUUAUUGAAAGCGGUGCUCAUCUAUGGCGAUGGUGAAAACGACUGCGAUUUUCGCCGUUUGGUCACACGAUAUCUCAGGUACCAUCCCGUUAAUGAAUUUGAGGCCUUCUUUGAAAGCAUUGGUUUGUGCCCUAGUGAUUAUGCAUCGUUUCUUCCUUGUGUGUCAGUUUCUCUGAGUGAUGAUGAAUUGUUGUUGCAUAACUAUUAUGUGUUGUGUAACUAUGGAAUUGAGAAGAGUAGGAUAGGGAAGGUUUACAUGGAGGCCAAGGAAGUUUUCAGUUACAAUGAUGGGGUUUUGCAGUCAAAAAUAAAAUCUUUUGAGAAUUGGGGGUUGAGACACUCUCUUGUUGUUGAGAUUAUUUCUUGCAGCCCCCAUCUCUUAAUUGGUGGUGAUAAUCAAGAAUUUCAUGAUUUCUUGGAAGAAAUUAAGAAAUUAGGGCUUAAUUUGGGCUGGCUUGAGAAGCAUGUAAGGGGGUGUGAUUAUUGUGAUUGGAAAUGUAUGCUUGAGGUGAUGUGUUUAUUAGGUGAGUUGGGGUUGAGAGAUGAGCAAAUAGGGCAAGUGAUCAAGAACCACCCUGGUCUUCUGCUCGAGUGCUCUGGCCGUUGCACCUUGUGCUUAUUUGGUCUCUUGUUGAAGUUUGGAACAACACCGAGUGGUGCACAAGCAGUUUUCCAUCACUUCCCAAAAGUAUCAGUCGCGGGCUUCACCAGAAACUUGCUUCGGAGCUAUCAGUUUCUAGUUGGGAUAAACAUGCCUUUUCGUGAUAUAGUUAGGAUGUUUAGUCUGUAUCCGUUACUUCUAGGCACGUGUCAGCUCAAAAAGGUCGGUAGCUUAGUCCAUCUAUUGAACUGUGGAGUUAGCCGGAUUUGCAAGAUGGUGGAGGAGGACCCUUAUGUCUUAAGGAAAUGGAUACGUGGAGUGAGAGUUGAACGGCUGCAGCAGCCAAGCCGGGCUGCCAGAGGGAGAGGGGUGAAGGCUAGGUUUCUUGAAACACUCGGCUUUGUUGAGAAAUCGUGUGAAAUGGAGAGGAUUCUUAGGUUGUUGAUGGGGAAGGGAGAAGAGCUACAAGAGAGGUUUGAUUGUAUAGUGAAUAGUGGACUGAGUCAAGAGAAUGCGUUAGCAAUGCUGAGAUCAAAUCCUAGAGUUCUCAACAUGUCUAAGGAUGUAAUAGAGAGGAAGAUCGAUGUCAUUGUACGAGAAUUGGGCUAUCCGAUGAAGGGUCCGUGAAGGCGGAGUCGAGCUUGAGGAGUUUCUUGAAAUACCCGGAGGAGAGGUUUGUGAGGUGCUAUGUGAAUCCUCAUCCCGGAGGGACUUUAGUUUGGGAGAUACUGAAGAGAAAGAUGGAUUCAUCAUCGGAGAUGGCAUGAAACUGGAGGCCGCUAUCGCACAAGUGGUGCGCCGGUCCUUGUUUUGGUGAAGGCAAAAUAUAUACUUAGAAGAAUAGGUAAAUACUAUUCCUUCUGUUCCAAAAAACUAGAUAAACUUGUAUAUGACAUGAGUUUUAAUGUGUAAUUGAUAAAGUAAUAGAGAGAUGGAAAAAAGUAAGAAAUAGAAAGGGAAAAA